UAUGCAGCAGAGUGCAAAGCAAAGGGGGACCUAGCCGUAGCCGUUUGAUAGCUGGCUAGAUUUCUGCUUUUCAACGCUGUUGUAUUUACAUACACUAGCGUGUAUUCCUAUUUUAUUGGCCUGCACAAAAAUAGUCCACGGGAAGCCUGAAGUUAAAUGAAAUGUACAUUUACUGUGCCGGUGGGCAGGACAGUUAGUUAUGAUGACGGGGGGAUUUGAGACAAAAUAUCUCAAGGAAAUUGUUAUCAUAUAGGAAGAGGCGAAGCAACAGUUUUUACUCGGCCCAAAAUCUGUCCAUGAAAAAUAAGCCCACGAAGCGAGGAAUUUGUGUAUGGGAGGUCAUUGAGAGACUGUCGAAUUUGGUCAACAAAAAAUGUAAUUGCAAAUUUGCUACAUGAGGCUUAUUUGAUCAUUUAUACCUUCAUAAUGGUUACGUUGUUAGGAAUGGACUGAUAUAAGUGGGUGCACGUGCCAUUUCGGCAAAAAAACACUAAAUUAUUUUAUAUUGGAGUUGUGCCUGUUAGAAUGUUGGAAGAUAGAGGACUCCUCGUGGAUAUAACCCGUUUUAGCAUGGACAUUGCUAUUGAGGGCUUCCACCAUUUUAAAAUAAUGAACUGGGUGGGGAUUCCUGAGUUGGAAGCAAUCAGCCAAUGAGGAAGAAGAAAAUGGAGAUACAAAGAUGAGUCCUCUUAUCAAUAUUUAUGGCCUGUUGUUCACACGUGUAUCUGCUCUCUCAUUGACUUCAAUGGUCCCACCUGAUCUCGCCUCUUCCUGCCUGGCUUCCAUCAUUGAGGACAUGCAUUUCCAUUGUUAGAGCAGUCAUGCUAAUAUCUUAAUAUAAUAGAGGAUCUUUAGUAUUAUUAAACAUACUCCCCAAAUGUGUUGUAGACCCACUCCCUCUCUGCUUACCUCAUGUCAAAAUAAAAGUCCCCCACAAAUGAUUCCUUUUUUUGUCCACAUAAUGCACAUGGGGCGAUAGGUUUGCUAGAUCGAAUCCCUGAGCCGACAAGGCAAAUGAAAACGCGACCUGGCGAGGUCUUGAUAGACUGCCUUGAUUCCAUUGAAGACACCAAAGGAAACAAUGGGGAUCGAGGGAGGCUCCUGGUAACAAAUCUGAGGAUCAUCUGGCAUUCUUUGGCUCUGCCAAGAGUCAAUUUGUCUGUUGGAUACAAUUCCAUUAUUAACAUCACAACAAGGACAGCUAACUCUAAAUUGAGAGGCCAGACUGAAGCACUGUAUAUCUUGACAAAGUCUAACAAUACAAGAUUUGAGUUCAUUUUCACCAAUGUGGUUCCAGGGAGUCCGAGACUAUUUACAUCUGUCAUUGCUGUUCACAGGGCUUAUGAGACCUCUAAAAUGUACCGUGACCUGAAGCUGAGAGGAGCUCUUAUUCAAAAUAAACAAUUGAGGCUUUUGCCUCGAGAGGAAGUGUAUGACAAAAUCAACGGGGUGUGGAAUUUAUCCAGUGACCAGGGUAAUCUAGGGACCUUUUUCAUCACCAAUGUUCGGAUCGUGUGGCAUGCCAAUAUGAACGAGAGCUUCAACGUCAGCAUUCCCUAUCUUCAAAUUCGUUCCAUCAGAAUAAGAGACUCAAAGUUUGGCCUAGCUUUGGUGAUAGAAAGCUCUCAGCAGACUGGAGGAUAUGUGCUUGGAUUUAAGAUCGACCCAAUGGAUAAGCUUCAAGAUGCAGUUAAAGAGAUCAACUCGCUGCACAAAGUCUACUCUGCCAACCCCAUCUUUGGAGUGGACUAUGAGAUGGAGGAAAAGCCUCAGCCACUGGAGGAGCUGACAGUGGACCAGCCCCCCGAUGAUGUGGAAAUUGAGCCCGAUGAGCAGACUGAUGCUUUCACUGCUUACUUUGCUGAUGGCAAUAAGCAACAAGACCGGGAACCUAUGUUUUCUGAGGAGCUGGGAAUUGCAGUUGAAAAAUUGAAGGAGGGGUUCACACUUCAAGGACUCUGGGAAGUCAUGGGCUGAAGCAUGAACACUGAUAGGCGAGUUAGAUUAACCUAGUUCCUGAAAUCCUCCCUUUCAAAUGGCACAAUUGACACUACUGUUUUUUAGAACCAUUUGUAAAUGUACAAUGUAUUUUGUCCAUUGAAAGGUCUUGAUGUAUAUAAUAAAGAUGUAGACCUGGUCCGUGUAUGAGUGACAUGAAUUUUAAGAAUGAUUUCUAAAUAAAAAAUAAUUCUAUACAACA